UACAGCCAGGAGGACACAGUCACACACUGUCACUGCCAGGAAAAAGAGAACACAAGGAGAAACAGACUGAGUGAGUACACUCCUUCUCCACCUCCACCUCCAUCUCUGUCUCUCUUUCUGCAUUUGACCCCUAACCCUAUGGACUUGGGUCCUGCUUAGCUAGCUGGAUUCAGAGUGUGGGAUUUUCUCCAAGAUGCAGACACAGUUGGCGUUUGUGCUUCUCCUCUGUUUGCCGUGUGGCGUAUUAUGUUCAGAUGUUGACCAAGAACAGCAGGCGAUAGAAGAGGAGCUAUUGAGCAGUCUCUUUACUUCAAAGAGCAAGCAGAACGCCCCCUACUGGCGUGUGUCCCUGGUGAAUGUGUGCAGGAUGGUGAACAGCCUGAUAAACAGCCGGUUGUGGAGAGAACAGGUGGAGUAUAACACUGGGGAGGAGCUGGGGGAGAGGCUGGCCUCCCUGCCGGAGCCCUUGGAUGAGCUCCUCGAUCUACAGCACAUCUGCAGAGUACUGCAGCCCCGAGAGCUGCUUGACAAUUCUCAAGAGUACCUUGACGCCGAUCAAAACAGUGACAACCCGCUCAAAAGGAAAUCACCGUAUAUUUUUAAGAGGCAAGUGAAAAACACCAAAGCUCGGAGGCCGUACAUCUUGAAGCGGAGUACAUUUUACUGAUCCACCCCCGGGAGGAGAAAGAAAGACACUAUACAUUCUGUGGAUAUGUGACCAUACGUACUCUCUGUUGUAGUGUUAUUACUGAUGUUUCUGCAGUGUUUCGUCCAUACAGAUGAUAUCUCAAAUCUGUGUUUGUCACUAUAGGUCUCUACUCACAUUCUAGGCCCAAUCCUGCUCCAAAAAGAGAGGACCAAUUUAAAUAAAAGCAUACAAAAGCAGUAAGAAAAUGUGUAUCUUUUGAGAGACUUUAUAUUUACUAUAUUUGUUCACUCCAUGUAUUUUCUUUCCAAUGUGAUUAAACAAUACAUAUUUCA